UAUUGACAUUAUUGACAAGUCGGUUUUUUCCAAUUGUAAAUACAAGUGUUGGAUUAUUUAAUUUAUUUUUUUAAUUUUAAUCAUUUAUGCAUGUGGUGAAUCAACCAUGCUGCGAAUUUUAAUAGGAAAUAGUUUCAAAGUACCAACAUUGGGCAGCUCGUUGCACACAACCGUACCAACAAAGCUCCAUUCGUCAUUACAUUUAAAUAAUCCCUUCGGAAAAUGUUCAACGAGGCGAUUUUUCACCGACUGUGUACCGAAAAAACCAAACGUAUCAUCCAAAUUGUCAACAUUUGGUAAAGUUGUGGUCGGCGGUACGGGUGCUUUAGCAUUGGUGUUUCGAUGCAAUCGCUUUACUGUAUCAUGUAGCGCAAAUAGAUUGGCAGGUUAUCAGACGAAUGCCAUUAAAAAAGAUUCGGUGGCGUUUGACUGGCACCAGUUCUGGCAAUAUCUAAAACCAUAUUUGCUAAAAUUUCUCGGUGCUAUUGCUGCGGCGCUUGCUGUGGCUUAUUUCAAUAUAAAAAUUCCCGAACUAUUGGGUGUGUUUGUGAAUGCGCUGAGCCGGUAUGCCAGAGUUGGAGAUCUGCAAGACUUUGAUGCUAAACAAUUUCUGAUGGAUAUGAAAACGCCGGCAUUGAAUUUGUUUGGGAUGUACAUGCUUCAGUCGGGAUUCACUUUCUUAUACAUUUUAUUGUUGAGUCAAAUCGGCGAAUCGAUGGCAGCCAAAAUCAAACAAGAUCUUUUCAAGAAGAUUAUCAUACAAGACUUGUCAUUUUUUGACGCAAAUCGAACCGGUGAAUUAGUCAAUCGAUUGACAGCUGACGUUCAAGAUUUUAAAUCAUGUUUCAAACAAUGCGUGUCGCAAGGGCUUCGUAGUAUCGCUCAACUUAUAGGUGGUGGCAUAUCAUUAUUUUUAAUUUCACCAAAAUUGGCCACGGUCGCUUUGGUGUCUGUUCCAUUUGCGGUGGCUUUCAUGUCGUUUUUGGGCAGUAUGUUACGUGCGCUUAGCAAAAAAUCACAAGCCCAAUCUGAAAAGGCAACCGCCGUGUGUGAAGAGGCAUUGUCAAACAUCCGCACUGUCCGUUCGAGUGCAUGUGAAUUUUCCGAGAUUGAAUUAUUCCGAAAGGAAACAAAUGAAGCUGCAAUAUUAUCGGAAAAAUUAGGUGUUGGUAUUGCUGUCUUCCAAGCACUCACCAACUUAUUUUUAAACGGGAUGGUUUUGGCAACACUUUUCUUAGGCGGUAAUUUAAUGGCAAGCAAUGACAUAACCGCUGGACAAUUAAUGGCAUUUUUAGUUGCUUCCCAAGGAGUGCAACGAUCGCUUUCACAAGGAUCAAUUUUAUUAGGGACCAUGAUUAGAGGCAUGACAGCCGGUUCUCGCGUAUUUGAGUAUAUGGCAAUCGAACCAAAAAUCGAUCUCAUUAGUGGAUCAACAAUUCCAUUUGACAAAUUGAAUGGAGAAAUUCGCUUUGAAAAUGUAACAUUUUCAUAUCCAAGCCGUCCUGAUCAAAUAAUUUUACGUGAUUUCAAUUUGGUAUUGAAGCCAGGACAAACAGUUGCGCUGGUCGGUGCCAGUGGAUCUGGCAAAUCCACAGUUGCAUCGCUUUUGGAGCGAUUUUACGAACCAAAUGAAGGAAAAAUUACUUUGGACAGUCAACCACUGUCAACUCUUAGCCCUUACUGGUUACGGGCUGAGGUAAUUGGCUUUAUUGAGCAACAACCGCUCCUUUUUGGAACAACAAUUUUAGAAAAUAUUCGUUAUGGACGACCAUUGGCGACAAUCAACGAGGUUCAUGCCGCUUCAAAAUUAGCACAAUCACACGAUUUUAUUACUAAAUUGAAUGAAAACUAUAAUACAAAUGUUGGUGAAAGAGGCGCUCAACUGAGUGGCGGACAACGACAACGAAUAGCCAUUGCCAGAGCAUUACUGAAACAGCCAACUAUUUUGAUUUUAGAUGAAGCCACCAGUGCCCUGGAUGCAUCGAGUGAGGCAAUAGUUCAAAAGGCGCUCGACAAUGCCAUGGAAGGUCGAACGACUUUAGUGAUCGCACAUCGUUUAUCUACCAUAAGAAAUGCUGAUUUAAUUGUUGUGAUGGAUCAAGGAAGAAUUGUAGAGCAAGGAACACAUGAUAGUCUAAUGAAUCAAAAGGGAUACUAUUAUGAUUUGGUACGAAAACAGGAGAAAAUGUCCAAAGAAGAAAUAUUAAACAACUCAAGAGCUCAAGGAUAAAAUUCGACACAUUGCUAUCGAGUAGCCAUUAUUCUAAAUUACAAAUUAACUCUAUUUUUGUAUAUUAAAAUGAUGAUUUUAUCUGUGAAUCGAUAAUUUGGAAACCAAAAAAGUGUAUGUUUUAUGGGUUGAAAAUGAACCAAAUAAAAACCGUUAUAGAA